AUGGCCACAACAAUCGUCAAGCCUCCAGAUUCAACUUAUACAUUUUCCAGCCAACCAAAAGCUGUACAACAAAGAAAAAAAUAUCGAGAGCAGACAACAUAUCCAUCGGAUGAGCUAGGAAACUAUGGAAAUAUUAUGUAUGAUCGUCGCAUUAUUCGUGGUAAUACAUAUGCAUUGCACACAUUACCAGCCCAUGCUCAACCUGAUCCGAUUGAACUACAACGUCAGCAAGAAGCUAAAAGACGUGCCUUAGCUCGUAGGAAAGCUCGUGAACAAUUACGAACGAGAACUCCUGAACCUGUGCACGGAAGAAAACACAUUGAUGUACAAACAGAACUAUAUUUAGAAGAACUAAGUGAUCGUAUUGAAGAAGCGGAUGUUGAAAUUCAGACAGACGCAUUUCUCGAUCGUCCACCAUCACCACUAUUUAUUCCUCAAAAAACAGGAAAAGAUAUCACAACACAAAUUGAAACUGGAGAUCUAUUUGAUUUUGAUUUGGAAGUUAAACCAAUUAUUGAAACUCUAACUGGUAAAACAUUGGAACAAGCUCUCAUCGAAGUAGCUGAAGAAGAAGAAUUAGCUGAAAUUCGUGAACAACAACGUGAAUAUGAAGAAAUGCGUAAUGCUGAGAUAAUAGAAUUACAACGUCUUGAAGAACAAGAACGACGAUUGAGAGCCGAAAAAGAACGUCGUAUGAAACAAGCACAAGAAUCUCUGCAAUUGGAACAAGAAAUACAACAGAAAAUAGCAGCACGAGCAUUUGCCAAAUCUUAUUUACAAGAUCUUGUACCAAGUGUAUUUAAUAAUCUAAGAGAGAAUGGAUACUUUUAUGAUCCAAUUGAACAUGAAAUUGAAUUAUCAUUUAUGCCAUGGUUAAUGGAUCGUACCAUGAGACAAGUGAAUCAACUCGUCCUUGGACGUACACUAUUAGACUCACUUAUUCGAGAUGUUGUAUCAAAACGAACUGAUGAUUAUGAAAAAUUAGAGGAUACUUUAAGAAAAAUAAUACAGGGUGGUGUGGAUAUGGGAACAUCGACAGGAGAUCAACUUCAAUCAACAAAUGAAUAUGAACAACAGCCACAACAAGAACAAGAACAACAACAAAAUGAAUCAGAUAUCAAUGCAAAUGCAGCACAAAAUGAACGUCUGUUUCCACGUGGAUACUCAGCUGUUGAAAUUCGACAAGUUCGAACAAUUGCUGAUAAAUCAUUACCAUAUUCGAUACCAAAUACAAAAAGACACAGUUGUCGAUCUCGAACAUUUAAACAAGAUGAUACAAAUAUAAUUGAAAAUAACAAAGCUGUUCUUCGAACUAAAUUAGAUUCAUUGAUUAAUUUUUGUAGUGAAAUUUUUGUAGAUAGUGAUGAAAAAAACGAUAAACUACUGUCAACUAAUUAUAUCUCAUUACAUGGUCAACAAUUAAAAUGGCCUCGAUCCAUUUGUACUCUAGCCGAUGGUGAUCUAAUAGUAUGUGAGCAAGAACAAUGUCGUAUACUACUAUUUAGUAAACAUUUAUUACUUCUAUCUCAUUUUGGAUCUCAUGGACGAGGUCUUUAUGAAUUUGAUCAUCCAUGGGGCGUUGCAUCACUAUCCAAUAGUGAUAUACUAAUUGCAGAUACAAAUAAUAAACGUUUACAAUGUUUUUAUUUAGGUUUUAAUUCACGUUUCAUUCAUAAAUAUACACUUUUAUUCGAUGAAAAACCUUAUUUUGUUUCUACUGAUAUUAAAAAUCGAUUUGUUGUCUCAUGUGAUAAUGGUCUACUACAAUGUUUUACAAAAAAACGAUCACUCAUAUCGAAAAUAGAUCUAUUAAAAUGUUUUCAGAUGAAAUCAGUCACACAACCGUUUUCAGUCUGUAUGGAUAAUAGUGUUGGAUUAUUUGUCGGAUGUAAUCAAACAAAGUGUAUCUAUCAUAUGACAUUUCAAUGUGGAAUAUUACAAAAAUUUAUUAUUAGUGAUAUUACUGGAAGUAAUUUUAUUGGUGUCUCACAAUUUAUUUAUAAUCGAAAUCAACUUAUUUUAUUAGAUACAUUAAAUUCUCUUAUUUAUACCUUAACAGUUAAUCCGGCUGCUGCAGAAUAUGAUAGUAUUGGCGUUGAAGAACCAUUAAGUAAUAAAAUUAUUUUAAAAAAAUCGGAUAAUCUCAAUUUUCCACAAUCCAUAUGUUUAAGCCCCGAAGGACAUUUGAUUGUAACUGAAUGUAGUAUAAAUACAAGACAUUCGAUAAAAAUAUAUCGAUUUUAUGAUUGUAAAUGUCACACCAGAAGUACAACAACGUUUAAUAGUAGUACUAGAUCAUUAUCAAACGAACAGUAA